GAAACCCCAUGAUGCAAACUUCUGUCUUCUACACAAACCUAACCUAAGCAAACAGCCUUUAAAUUCCCAACAAAAAUGGUAAUUGUUAAUUUAUACUCAAAAUGUUUAAAAAUAACUUAUAAAAACUAUCUAUUUUCAAAAGCAAAUUUUUUUAUUGUACUAACAACGUUAUUAAAUGUGAUUAUUCCAUUUAUAUUUUCUUAUAAUAGUCGAGGUUUCUGGUUAAAACAUGAUACGAUUUAUGAACAACCGGAUGUAAAAUUUAAAGGUGAAUAUAUUUUUUUAGCUCAUACAAAUGAUAUAGGUUUAAAAUUUAUUUGUAAUAAUUUCGCGUAUUUUGAUGAUAAUAAUUUUGAGGAUUCUUGUUCAGAAAUAAAGGUGGUAGAAAUAGAUAACAAUUUUGAUGGGAAGGUUGACUUGUUUAAUUUUGAAUUACAUUUAAACCUUCCACAAAGUAUAAGUAUAACAAGAUUUGAUUUAAUACUUACUUUAGAUUACAAAUUAAAGGUAAAUAUAAGGGACCAUCAAAAUUUAUGUACAAAAAAAAACAUUUGUAUCUACAUUCUUCUUCAAGAAUUUUUACAAGAUACCAGUCAAAUUUAUAUUUCUUCCAUUCUUGAAUUAUCACAGCUAUACCCCAUUUUUUGUCACCCUAGAAUUAUUAAUACAGAAUUUAAUACUUCCAUUAUAAAUGAAAACGAUUUUGAUAGUUAUAAGUUUAAUAAUAUAAUUAAGAAUUAUUUUCAAAAAAAUGUUACAACACAUUUAAAAUCAACCUAUAAAUCGUAUGGAGGUCAAAGCGAAUUAUUUUCGUUAAAAUUAACGAUUAAAUAUCCUGAACACAUGUUUUAUUACACCCCAGGAUUUUGGCAAGUAAUAAAAUGGGCUUGGAUUCAAUACAUAUCAAUUUAUAUUAUUUUAUGGUGGAUUAUUAAAAAGAUUAGAAAUUAUGUUUUUGAUAAUCACAUAUUUGUUUUUUAUGAACAAAAUCCAAUUAAAUAUAAAAAAGAUUAAUUAAAGGCUUUGUUCUUACUCCAAUUGAUAUUUUGAGUGUCAAAAAUGAUAAGAUAUUAUAACCUUCAAAUUAAAGUGAUUUCACAAAAACCAAAUUUUAUAUUUUACAUAAAUUAUAUACCGGGUGUCCCAAUAAGUGUACUGAGAUCGACAAUAGUAAGGGUUAGAGGUUUGGGAAAAGAUCCUUAUCAGCAAAACAAAUAGAAAUU